AUGAGGAAGAUGCUGGCUGCCAUGGUCUCCCGUGUGCUGUCAGGGGUUACUCGGAAGGCAGCUGGCAGAGUGCUGGUGGCCUCCUGUAACUACUCCAGCGAUGCUAUGUUUGAAAUUAAGAAGUGCGACCUGUAUCUGUUGGAUGAGGGACCUCCGCUCACCGCCGUCCUCACCCGGGAAGAGGGGCUCAGGUACUACAGGAUGAUGCAGGUGGUUCGCCGCAUGGAACUGAAGGCCGAUCAGCUGUACAAACAGAAGUUUAUCCGUGGCUUCUGCCACUUGUGUGACGGCCAGGAAGCCUGUUGUGUGGGGCUCGAGGCAGGUAUAAAUGCCUCGGAUCAUGUCAUCACGUCUUACCGAGCUCACGGCGUCUGCUACACCCGUGGCCUGUCCGUGCGCUCAAUUCUCGCCGAGCUGACGGGCCGAAGAGGAGGCUGCGCUAAAGGAAAAGGAGGAUCGAUGCAUAUGUAUGCCAAGAAUUUCUACGGGGGCAACGGCAUUGUGGGUGCCCAGGGUCAGAUAGCCGAGGCUUACAAUAUGGCGGCUUUGUGGAAAUUACCUUGUAUUUUUAUCUGUGAGAAUAACCUCUAUGGAAUGGGAACAUCCGUUGAGAGAGCAGCAGCCAGCGUUGAUUAUUACAGGAGAGGCCAUUUUAUUCCCGGGCUGAGGGUGGAUGGGAUGGACAUCCUGUGCGUUCGGGAGGCCACGAGGUUUGCAGCUGAGUAUUGCCGGUCCGGAAAGGGGCCCAUCCUGAUGGAGCUGCAGACUUACCGUUAUCACGGGCACAGCAUGAGCGACCCUGGUAUUAGUUACCGUACACGAGAAGAAAUCCAGAAAGUAAGAAAGAAGAGUGAUCCCAUUAUGCUUCUCCAAGAGAGGAUGGUGAACAGCAAGCUCGCCAGCAUUGAAGAGCUCAAGGAGAUCGAUGCCGAAGUGAGGAAAGACAUUGAUGAUGCAGCCCAGUUUGCUACAAGCGAGCCUGAACCGCCUGUAGAAGAAUUAGGCCAUCACAUUUACCACAGCCAUCCUCCCUUUGAAGUUCGUGGUGCAAAUCAGUGGAUCAAGUUUAAGUCUGUUAGUUAAAGAGAGACUAUAUAAUCCUAUGUCUGGGCAUCCAUGGUCACUAUUAAGAAUGUAUGUUCAUAGCUUUGUUCAGGAGGGAUAAAACUUGGAAAAUGAAGGACUUGUAUUUCAAAAUACUAAGAUUAUUGAAUAUACUAAAAUAUAUAGUUUAAUAUUGUACUGUACAUUUUUUAAUUUUAAAAUACCAUGUCAUAGUUUGAUGUGAAUGUCUUAAAGGUUAUCAUAAGUUUAUAUACACAAAAAGCUAAAAUAGGAAAAUUAUCUGACAUCCUUAAUGUAGUUGCAAUAAUACCAAGAUUUGGUUGAAUUUUUUCUUGUUUAAAUAAAUAUUCCCACU